AUGGAUCAAGAUCAUUCCAUACCACAAGACGCUGUCUUCUCAGACAGACAAAGACGGUUUAAUGAAUUCCUAGACACGUUCAACACUUAUAAAGAUGAGAUCAGAGCCAUCCAAAUCCAUAACGCAGACGUUCAAAAUGGUAAUUCGGAUUCAGAUAAACUCCUACCCAAGCGUAUUACAAUUUCUCUCGAUGAUUUGAGACAAUUCGAUUUGGCUUAUUGGAAAGGUAUGUUGGAUUCUCCCUCUUUUUUCAUCCCUCCUGCUGAAAGAGCUUUAACAGAAUUGGCCAAUGCCAUGGAUACAACUUCAACUGUACCCAAUACAAUCUCGCAAAUGGCUUAUUCUCCCUUGAGUUGGAAAUUAUCUUUUAAAGGUUCAUUUGGUUCACAUACUUUGUCUCCACGUACUUUAACUUCACAACAUUUAAAUAAACUAGUCUCUUUACAAGGUAUCAUUACUCGUACUUCGCUAGUACGCCCCAAAUUGCUUCGUUCUGUACAUUAUACUGAAAAGACUGCAAGAUUUCUUUAUCGUGAUUACACAGAUUCUACCACUACUUUAACUACAAAUAUUCCAACUCCAGCUAUUUACCCAACAGAAGAUUCUGAUGGUAAUAAAUUAACUACAGAAUACGGUUAUUCCACUUAUAUGGAUCAUCAAAGUAUAACAAUCCAAGAAAUGCCAGAAAUGGCUCCACCUGGUCAAUUGCCAAGAUCGGUAGAUAUCAUCUUGGAUGAUGAUUUAGUAGACUCUACAAAACCAGGUGAUAGAUGUAAUAUUAUCGGUGUUUAUAAAUCCUUAGGUGCUGGUGGAUUACAAAACUCAGGUGGUAAUAAUCGUAAUGGUAAUACUCUUUCAGGGUUUAAAACUUUGGUCAUUGGUAAUUCUGUUUAUCCAUUGCAUGCAAGAUCUACAGGUGUUGCAUCCAAACAAACAUUAUCAGAUAUCGAUAUUAGAAAUAUUAAUAAAUUAGCCAAAAGAAAAGAUAUUUUUGAUAUAUUGGCCCAAUCUUUGGCUCCAUCAAUUUAUGGUCAUGAACAUAUCAAGAUGGCUGUCCUAUUAAUGUUACUGGGUGGUGUAGAGAAAAAUUUAGAUAAUGGUUCUCAUUUAAGAGGUGAUAUUAAUAUUUUAAUGGUGGGUGAUCCUUCUACUGCCAAAUCUCAAAUGUUAAGAUUUGUUUUAAAUACUGCAUCAUUAGCUAUAGCUACCACAGGUAGAGGUUCAUCAGGUGUUGGUUUAACUGCUGCUGUAACUACAGAUAAAGAAACAGGUGAAAGGAGAUUAGAAGCAGGUGCCAUGGUUUUAGCUGAUAGAGGUAUUGUUUGUAUUGAUGAAUUCGAUAAAAUGUCAGAUGUAGAUCGUGUGGCUAUCCAUGAAGUAAUGGAACAACAAACAGUGACAAUCGCAAAAGCUGGUAUUCAUACAACUUUAAACGCUCGUUGUAGUGUCAUUGCUGCUGCAAACCCUGUCUUUGGUCAAUAUGAUACUAAUAGAGAUCCACAACACAAUAUUGCCUUACCAGAUUCCUUAUUAUCUCGUUUUGAUUUGUUAUUUGUUGUCACAGAUGAUAUUAAUGAAAUUAGAGAUAGAGCCAUUAGUGAACAUGUCUUAAGAACACAUAGAUAUUUACCACCAGGUUAUUUAGAAGGUGAGCCAAUACGUGAACUAUUAAAUUUAUCAUUAUCUGUUGGGACAGAAGAUGAUUCCACAAAUGCUGAUUCAAAUAAUUUAAAUUCAAAUAAUUCUUGGGAUCCAACAUCUGAAGAUGAUGAUCAGGUUUUUGAAAAAUUUAAUCCUUUAUUACAAGCAGGUGCCAAAUUAGCCAAAAAUAGAGGUGAUCAUAAUGGUACUGAAAUUCCUAAAUUAGUAACUAUCCCAUUUUUAAGAAAAUAUGUUCAAUAUGCAAAGGAAAGAGUGGUUCCACAAUUGACUCAUGAAGCUACAAAUAUCAUCGUUAAAUCUUAUACAGAAUUACGUAAUGAUGAGAAUACAAAGAAAUCUCCAGUGACUGCAAGAACUUUAGAAACGUUAAUUAGAUUGUCAACUGCUCAUGCAAAGGUCAGAUUAUCAAAGACUGUAACAAAAGUAGAUGCAUUAGUAGCAAAUAGAUUACUUCGUUUUGCAUUAUUAGGUGAAGAUGUUGGUGAUGAUAUCUCCUUUGUUGAUGUAUCAUCUCCAACUAGAUCUCCAACUAAAUCUCCAAAGAAAAAGGCAAGAACAAAUUUGAGUGCAUCAACAUCUCCUUUGAAAUUCAGAACACCUAUUAGAGCAGAUAGUGCCUCAGCUACUGCAUCAAUUACAGGCUCUGUCCGUAGAAGAUUAGAUUUUGAUGAGGACGAUGUUAAUGGUGAUGAUGAUGAUACACUUGCCCCUAGCUCACAAAACGCAGUGGCAGAAGAAGAAGAACUUCAGAGAAGAUUACAGUCUCGUCUAAGAACACCUUCAAGAAUUUCUUCUCAACAGCCUGCAAGUUCACCACAUAAACCAUUAUCAGAAAUGAGUACUCCACAAUUGAGAAAUACUUCCCAAACUGGACCUUCAUUAACUGCAAACGUUAUUAGAUCCCCAGUCAUAGAGUCUUCUACCCAAGAACCUCACAACGCUUCUGUUCCAGAAAAUACUGAGGCUGGUGUUAUUUCUACUGGUAGAUUAUCAUUGGUUUCAAGUAUCAUUGCUCAAUUGAUGCAAAGUGAAUUAUUUGAGGAAGAAUCAUAUCCGGUUGAUGCAUUAUUAGAUAGAAUAAAUGAAGAAUUAGAAAAUGAGGAAAAAUUUUCGAAGGCAGAAUAUCUAGCGGGUUUACAAAUUAUGGCUGAUAGAAACAAUUUAAUGAUCGCUGAUGAUAAAGUCUGGAGAGUAUGA